GUGAUACCAUGGCUAAAAAACGCAAGUUAUCGCUUGCUAAGUGUAAUCGGAUCUAUAACUGAUAGCUCUCAAGCAAAGUCAAGAACCAUUGCAGUGCGCCUCAUAUCCAUGGCGCUCACUGGAUAUUAUAAGACCAUGGUACGACCUCGAACACACAGGCCACUAAGCAUGCUCAAAUAUGAUCCUGUUGUGCGGAAAAAAGUCUUGUUCUUGGAGCAGAAGCGUGGUGGACGGGGCUGA